UGGGAGGGUUGUAGAUGGAUUGUUGAGCGUAGGGUUUAAAGAUUGUAAGGUGCAUUCUUGUUGUUGAGCGAUGGGAGGGUCUGUUGGUUUUUCUGUUAUUUUGGCCUUGUCCGCGUCCGGUACGAGGCUUUGCAUUUCGAUAUGUCUGUUGGUGACGCAUUUUGCGGCAUCUUUAGGUAGAAUAGCGUAUUCAGUCAUCCAAGUUACUUGGUCCGGAUCCUACGUUACGAGAUGGAUUUACAUCGCAGGAAGAAGCAAUUUAUAGAACGGCAAGUCGAAUAUCUAAACCAUCCGCUGCAGCCUCCAAAGCAUUUGCGGCUUCCUGUUAAGCAAGACAAUCUAAAUCCAGAGCAUUUGCAACAAGUGUUCCAUCGACUUUCUUUCAUUUUACGAAAACACACUCGCCUUAAUUUCUCACAUCAAGCAAUCGAACAUGUUGCUUCGCAACUUGUCAAACUUUACGAACAAAAAUACCAGUCCAUAGACAGCCGAUACCUAUCCCCAGAGUUUUUCGGACAGCUAGACUGGAGUGAUGUUGAGACAUUAGAAAAUCUACCUGAAGUAUGGCCUUUUGAGCUUCCAUUAGAUCAGACGGUGCAGAGCAAUUCGAAUGAAGAAGCCGAAAAGUUGGUCAAAGAAACUCAAUUAGCGUCUGAAAAGCUUCAAAAGGAAUAUCAAAAUAAACUAUUGCGUUUGAUUGCCGUGCAGAAGACGAUUGCUCAAACAAAGUCACAGCUGCAGGCGAUGAACCAGUUGGCUGUGUCGAUGGAACAAUUGACUGCGAGUUUGCAAAACAUACAAAAGACUUCCUCGUUACCAGACGAGCUAGGGGCUGAAGAAAUGAUGUUACUGUUAAAAAAACUACAGCAAACACAACUAUCCCAAUUUGAACCGUCAAAUUCGCUAGAAACUCAAAUCCAUGAUGCUCUUUCGCCCAAGCAAACAGAGUAAGCUCUCAUGUACUUUUAUUAUUACCGCUUAAAUAAAUGAACGAGGACUGUUGGUGCCUUCAAGAUAGUCUUGCUGGUGAACUACCUAUAAUUGUAUAUACUAUCGGAUGUACCAACUUCACACA